UGUGAGACAAGCAGAACACAGACAAAACCCGGGAAAACACCAAAACAAUACGUAACAGACAAUCCCCUAUCCCGCAGUGCCUCGUUUGUCUUGAUAUUUUUUAGACCGAUAAAGUUUUAAAGAAAUGGAAAAAUUUGAUGAUUUACUUGUUGAUAGCAAAAGGACAAUCAACAAGUGGGAACACGAAUUUCAGAAAACAAAUGGAAGGAAACCGUCAAAGGAGGAUUUCAAAAUUGCCCCUUGUGAAGUGACAGAAGCCUACAAAGUCUAUUACAAAAUCAAAAAGAAACAAGAGCUAGUCAAGAAUGAAGCAUCUCCUGAAUCACAAGCCAAUAACUCAAUGCGUUCCCAGAAUGAUGAGGAUGUGCCCAUAAAGGAAGUACCUAUUAAGGACCCAGAGAUGGAUCCUGGACCUUCAAUUUGGGGAGAGCACUUAAACAAACAUAAACUUGAUCAAGAGAUAGCCAAACCAAAAAUUGCUUCCUCGGGGACCAAUUCUCCUACGUAUUCCAAGCUGACUGAAAAGCUGAUGAAAGGUGCCAAGAUCAAUAUUAGGACUAGCCUCACUCGCAAACUUGUCAGCAAAUCCAUCAGCUCUCCAGUAAUCAAAUUUAACGAUAGCCAGCUCAACAGCAGUCAGUUGAGUGAAGCCUGUGAUAGUGAACACAAUAGCAGUUUAUUUCCCAGUCCUGAAGAGGAUCGACCGUUUCCCGUGAUUCACGGCAAGAGAGACGAGAAUCAACCCGGUCCCGUGAAUGGUGAAGCAAAGAGGGAAGAGCCUCCUGAAUUGAUUAAAGGUUUUAAUAAACCUAAAAUCGUUCAGCACCAAGUCAUCCACAAGCAACCGUUCAGCUUGACUAUGGCACGCCAACGAAUCGCCAGCAGACAAGUGGAUCUCCAAUGGCUAGAUGAUUGCUUAGUGGAAGGCGGAUGCACCGUCCCGAGUAAACCGGAAGUCGUCGAAGACCAGGAUGUCAUUUAUUCCACAGACGAUGAAGCUCCUAAACCCAAAAAAUCCCCUACCACCUCGUCGAAAGCCCCACAAUCUACCGUCAAUCAAGUAACUCCUCCACCGACCGUCAAAAAACGUAAAUUCGAGCCCGACCAAGUUCCUGAAUGCAGCCAAAAGAAACCCAGGAUAGAUCCAUCGCCCGAAGAAGAUAAUGCCCAGGAAAACACGCUCGAUCCAAUGAAACAAAACAGUUCAAAUUCUCCUGAAACUAAACCUGUGAAACGUGCAGCUAAAUUGAACGCAACAGACGCAGCCAAACAGGAAAGACUCGUCAGUAAAAUGGCGUCGGGUACGGCCAACCAAAAUUACGUGCGAAUCAACCUGAAGAAGAAAGUGUUUGUCCGCGGGAAGAAAACCCAAACGGGAGGAUCGUACAAGCGACAGCAAUGGAAACAAAGGCAGAACGGUGGAUCAGGUGGUGGCGGUGGUGGAAAAGGAAAUUACACAGGUGGUGGUGGUGGCGGUGGAGGGAAAGACAAGUACAAAAUGGCCUCGAAAUGUCGUCGAUGCGGAGAAAUUGGUCACUGGGCCAAAUCCUGCAUGAGCGAUAAACUCUUGUCCAUGGAAGAAUUGAAGGAGCAAGGAGACGAGGAAAACCUCGAAUUCCCAACGCUGGAAGAAGCCAUGGAAAAAGCGGAAGAAGGAACUAGCAAACAGAAAAAGAAGAUUGAACCGCUCAGUAAGGAAGGGGAAGAAGAUUUGCAAUUGGUGGAACUGCCUAAAAUCAAUCAAGUCGAACCGUAUUGCUCCCCCGGCGAUCCUGUUCCGCCGAUCGUCAUGGAAACGCUGAAAAAAUUCGGUCACUCCAGCUUCCGUCCAGGCCAGGAAGAAGUUGUGAUGCGGAUUCUUUCCGGAAAGUCAACUUUGGUUGUACAGAGCACCGGUGCGGGUAAGAGUUUGUGUUAUCAGCUGCCAGCCGUGAUCUACGCCCAGCGUUCACCUUGUGUCACCAUCGUCGUCUCGCCAUUGGUUUCGCUGAUGGAAGAUCAAGUGUCAAACCUUCCGUCUUUCGUCAAGGGCAUUUGUCUCCACUCUGGCCAAUCGGAAGGGUUCAGGCAGAAAAAUCUCCAACUUUUACAGUCAGGUGCAAUUCAAAUUCUCCUCCUGUCAGCCGAGGCGGUCACCUCCACCGGUCCGUUCGGAUUAAUUACACUCUUGCGCACCUGCCUACCACCUAUCGCUUUUGUUUGCGUCGACGAAGCUCAUUGCGUAUCGCAAUGGUCGCACAAUUUCCGUCCGUCUUAUCUCCGAAUCUGCAAGGUUCUCAGAGAUAAAAUGAAUAUCCAAACUAUUUUAGGACUUACAGCCACGGCUCCCAAGUCUACUCUGAGGAGUAUCGCCGACAAUCUGGGCGUUGACAACGAGAACGGAGUGAUCCGGGGUGUGUUGCUGCCAAGCAAUCUUUAUUUGUCAGUUUCACGUGAUAAGGAUCGUGACGCAGCUCUGAUCCAACUCCUGGAAGGCAGUCGCUUCGCCAACUUUGACGCCAUCAUUAUUUACUGUAUCAGACGGGAGGAAUGCGAGCGGCUGGCCACUCUACUCCGAACCUAUUUGAAAGAUCCUGUCAAGGAUUUGGAGAGCAAAGGAGGCGGUCGUCGUCGAGGCAUAUCCUGGAGCGCUGAAGCCUAUCACGCAGGAUUGACAGCAGCUCGACGAAGUUCUGUGCAGAAACAAUUCAUGACGGGCAAGAUGAAAAUAGUCGUGGCCACCGUAGCCUUUGGAAUGGGUAUCAACAAGUCCGACAUCCGGGCCAUCAUCCACUACAACGCUCCGAAAAAUUUCGAAAAUUACGUCCAGGAAAUCGGUCGAGCUGGACGUGAUGGUUUACCUGCUCACUGCCACGUUUUCCUCAACUCGGAGGGAAGAGAUUUACAAGAAUUGAAGAGAUUCAUUUACGCCAAUUCCACUGAUCGUCACGUUUUAAGAAAAUUGAUGAGAAAGAUUUUACCGGAACCUUGCGAUUGCCGGAAAGAAGACGGUUCCGGCGAAUGCAAAGGUCACGAAGUGGCCAUGGUUAUUGAGUCGACCAUUCAAGAGCUGGAUAUGCCGGAAGAGAAUAUUGCGACGCUACUCUGCCACUUGGAAUCUCACCCGUCUCGCUGGGUCCUUGAAGUGGGUUCAAAAGUUUACGCUACGUGCACUGUCCGGUGCUACGGAGGACUCCUCCAGCUGAAAAUGGCCGCCAGAGAGUGUCCGGCUCUAGGUGCAGCCCUUGCCCUACAGAAAGCGGAUACGACAGCCGUCCGGACCUUCGCCGUUGUCGACGUUGCCCGCCGAAUAGGAUGGGAAAGCGGCGCUGUCAAACGUCAGUUGAAAUCACUGGAAUGGGAUCGUUCGGCCGUCGCCAUCGGUGGUAAACCGAGACGUUCGGGCAUCUUGGUGGAGUUUAGCGACCUGGCGUUCCACCUGCACGUCCGCGGAGAUCUUUCAGAGGCUGAGCAAGAUGCCGCUUUAGAGUUCAUCCAUCAGCGCUGCAUGAAUCGCGAGGCCACUGAAAUUCAGCAGCUCCAGCGCAUCCAUCAAGCGUUGCUCAGUAUUUCUCACUCCCAAUCAAUUUCCUGCUGUGAGACGGUGGACGAGACCAAGAGCGACAAAUUGCGGAGUUUCAUCAAAGAUUAUUUCGAAGAAGAAGCUGGAGCUUGUCAACCUGUUGAAGAGGUCGUCCUCUGUCCGGACAAUCAAGAGCAAUUCAUCCGGGCCACCAUCCGCAGUUUGAUUCUCAAUUACCGUGAUCAGACUUUCACCGCCCGAUCUAUCGCCAGGAUCCUUCACGGCAUCUCCAGUCCGUGUUAUCCGGCAGAAAUUUGGGGUAAAGCCCGUCAACAUUGGCGUGCCCAGCUUCACCAAGAUUUUAACCUCCUCGUCCGGAUGGGCGCCCAAGAAUUGCUAGCUCUAAAAUGAUGAUUGCUAUACUUUUUAAAAAAAUGAAUUUUUAGCUUAAUUUUCUCUUUUUUUCUUGUAUUGAUACAUUUUUGAGACGAACAUAAAAUAUUUAAUUCCUUAGCCAAAUUGUCAAUUAUUUAAAAAAAAAUACCGCCACCCCAAUUACUUUGUUCGAGGGACAAACUAUUUUUAAAAAUGUAAGGGGAAAAAUAUAUAAACUUAUUUAGUCAUGUGGGUACUAGGCAACCACCAUUUUCUAUAUGUCAAAAGUAGGUACC